UGUUAUAAUAUUGCCGAUGUGAAUUGACCAAGUUUGAAUGGUCAAUCGCCGCUUUCUUACAAGCUUUGUCUUCCCAAGCUCCUGCCUCUUUGUUCAAAGUCUUCCAAUUUUGUUAGUGUAUAUGUUUUUUAAAGGCACACUUGUGUGUUCGCCACAUGUGGGUUUCUUUAAUGAUUGCUAGGAGGUUUCGGCAAAUUCAAGAAAAGACGAUUCUCUGCUUUUGAUCUUCGUGGGUUUCUGUUUUGGUUUGAAACAUGAGUUCGAGUUCAAGAGUUCGAACCCUCUUGCUCGUCCUCAUGAUGGCUUCCGUCCAAAUUUGUUCUGUAACAUCUCAGACAAAUAGUGGUGACAGUGCUGGUUUGAAAGCUCUGAUGAAUGAAUGGAAGAAUUUCCCACCAAACUGGAAAGGCUCAGAUCCUUGUGGAAGCGGUUGGGUCGGAAUUUCAUGCACGAAUGGCCGUGUGACGUCUAUAUCACUAGCGAACAUGAAUUUGAAGGGAACGCUUUCUGGAGACAUUUCAGCAUUGUCUGAACUGCAGAUCCUGGAUUUGUCUUACAACCUUGGUUUGACUGGAACACUCCCAUCGGCAAUCGGACAGCUGAAGAAGUUGAAGAACUUGAUCCUUGUCGGCUGUGGGUUCGCCGGUCCAAUUCCUGAAUCGAUCGGUUCCCUUUCUCAGUUGGUAUAUCUAUCAUUGAAUUCGAAUCAAUUUAGUGGAAGAAUCCCACCUUCUCUUGGGCAGUUAUCAGAUCUCUAUUGGUUCGAUAUAGCUGACAAUCGGAUCGAAGGAAGCAUUCCAGUAUCAGAUGGAACGUCACCGGGCCUCGACAUGCUUGUCAAUACAAAGCACUUUCAUUUUGGACAAAACAAGCUUUCGGGUGAAAUCCCGGAAAAGCUCUUCAGCUCGAGCAUGACCCUGUUACAUGUGCUAUUUGAUGGCAACCAACUGAUAGGAAAAAUUCCGGACAGCCUCGGCCUCGUUAAAUCUCUGGAAGUGGUGCGCCUCGACAGGAAUUCAAUGAGCGGAAGCGUUCCGUCCAGUCUUAAUAAUCUGACAAGUCUUAGCGAACUGUACUUGGCCAACAAUAACUUCACUGGUGGCCUCCCAAAUCUAACCAGCUUGAUCAGCCUCUACACACUGGACCUCAGCAAUAACAGUUUUGACCCAUCAGGGAUUCCACCAUGGAUCUCUGGGUUACAGUCUCUGUCAACAUUGAGGAUGGAAGAUAUACAACUCCAAGGUCCAAUUCCAACCUCUCUCUUCAGUCCUCCUAAUUUGCAGACUGUGACUCUACGACUUAAUCAACUAAACGGCACCUUGGACUUUGGCCGUAACUACAGCAGCCAGUUGGAAUCCGUUGAUCUACAGGGCAAUGGCAUAUCUGUAUACAGACAAGGAGCUCAGAACAGCAUUCGAGUAAUAUUGGCGGAUAAUCCAGUGUGCCGAGAAUCCGGGCAAAAGCCAACUUAUUGCUCGGCUAUCCAACCCGAUUCAUCUUUUUCCACCUCUCCGGAAAACUGCAUAGCUCUUCUUCAAUGCGGCUCGGGAAUGAUUUCUAGUCCCAAGUGCAGUUGUGCAUAUCCAUACACAGGAACCAUAUUCUUCAGGUCUCCUUCGUUUUCGGGAUUCGUCAACUCGACCUACUUUGUGGUUCUUCAGCAAAACAUAACGAGUUUCUUCCAGCGAUACCGUUAUCCCGUGGAUUCUGUUUCUCUCAGCAAUCCAAGAGAGGAUCAAACCAAUCACCAGCUUCUAAUAGGCCUGAGAAUCUUUCCAUCCGGCCAGGACAGUUUUAAUCGUACGGGAGUCUCAACUGUCGGCUUUGCUCUUAGCAAUCAGACUUAUAAGCCGCCAGAUAUUUACGGACCUUACGUUUUCAGGGGCGACGAGUACACUCACUUCUCAGAUGGAGGAAACGGGUCCAAGUCGUCCAACACGGGCAUUAUCAUCGGAGCUGUAAUUGGAGGCAUUGUUCUGCUGUUGCUGUUAACCAUAGCUGGUAUCUACACUUAUCAUCAGAAGAAGAGAGCAGAGAGAGCAACAGAACAGAGUAAUCCUUUCGCGAAAUGGGACACCAGUAAGAACAGCAUUGACGCUCCUCGUUUAACGGGAGCCAAAGCUUUUACAUUCGAGGAGCUGAAGAAAUAUACUGACAGCUUUUCAGACACAAACAAUAUAGGGAUCGGGGGUUAUGGGAAGGUUUAUAGAGGAAUUCUCCCGUCUGGGGAGAUCAUCGCAAUAAAACGAGCUCAACAAGGAUCUUUGCAGGGAGGGCUAGAGUUCAAAACCGAGAUCGAGCUCCUUUCCCGUGUCCACCAUAAGAACGUCGUCAGGCUCUUGGGAUUUUGUUUCGACCAAGGUGAACAAAUACUGGUUUAUGAGUACAUACCAAACGGCUCUCUGAGAGACAGUCUAUCGGGGAAGAGUGGAAUCAGUUUGGAUUGGACAAGAAGACUGAAAAUAGCACUUGGUGCAGCAAGAGGACUGGCAUAUCUUCACGAGCUUGCCGAUCCUCCGAUCAUACACCGGGACGUUAAAUCGAACAAUAUAUUACUCGACGAUACUCUGACCGCAAAGGUUGCCGAUUUCGGUCUUUCCAAACUCGUGGGUGACCCUGAGAAAACUCAUGUCACCACCCAAGUUAAAGGGACCAUGGGCUACUUGGAUCCGGAGUACUACAUGACGCAGCAGUUGACGGAAAAGAGCGAUGUUUACAGCUUUGGCGUGGUAAUGUUGGAGCUAUUAACCGGGAGACAGCCUAUAGAGCGAGGAAAAUAUGUCGUGAAGGAGGUAAAGGCGAAGAUGGAUAAAUCGAGGAACUUGUAUGACCUGCAAGAAAUCCUCGACCCGUCGAUCAUUGUGAGCACAACCUUGAAAGGGUUCGAAAGGUUUGUCGACGUGGCACUGACGUGCGUGGAGGAGUCCCGGGAAGGCAGGCCGUCGAUGGGCGAGGUGGUGAAAGAGAUCGAAAACAUCAUGCAGAUUGUCGGUGUGAAUCCCAACACGGAUUCAGCAUCGAGUUCUAGGACCUACGAUGAAGCGAGCAAAGGAUCGAGUAAUCCUUACGGCAAGGGAUCCUUCGAGUACAGCGGGAUUUUCCCGUCUUCAAAGAUCGAACCGAAAUGAAAAUCUUCGCUUUUUGAUCAUUUGUUGCGUACUUUCUGUAAGCAGAUACCUGAGGUAAAGCUUUGGAUUUGCAGAAAUCAGACAAAAGCAAACAAUGUAAAGGGGGUUUGUUCUUUUUCCUGGUUCGUGUAUAUAUGGAAUUCAGUGAUUUGUCAUUA